UAAACAACUGCCCUGAGUUUUUGUUAUUUUAACACCCACACCGCGUGAGGGCACAUUGGGUUUUCCUUUUACUUUUUAAGUUCGUUUUAAGCAUUUGAUACAUAAUGGGAAGCGAUUACUACGAGACGCUGGAAAUAAACAAAAAUGCAACCGACGCAGAUAUAAAAAAGGCAUAUCGACGUCUUGCAUUGAAGUUUCAUCCGAGCAGCAACAGAGAAACCGGAAGCAGUGACAAAUUCAGUCAGCUGGGUGAAGCCUACGAUGUGUUGAGCGACCCUCGGAAAAAGGCAACCUAUGACAAGUUUGGUGAGGAGGGUCUAAAAGCUGGGAUCCCACCUGAGUUUGGCAGCAGUGGGGCUUGGUCAUCUAAAUAUGUCUACCAUGGGAACCCAGACAAAACAUUCAGAGAGUUCUUUGGAGGCGACAACCCAUUUGCAGACUUUUAUACAAACGAUGCACCACUUCAGUUCGGUGGUCUGAAACCAGGAGUGGUGAAGACCCAAGAUUCUCAGAUAGAGAGAGACCUGCAUUUGUCUCUGGACGAUCUCUUCCACGGAUGCACAAAAAAGAUUAAGAUAUCACGACGGGUUAUGAAUGAGGAUGGAUUCACAUCUGGUAUCAAAGACAAGAUCCUGACUAUAGAUGUGAAGCCUGGAUGGAAAGAGGGCACAAGAAUAAUUUUCCCCAAAGAGGGAGAUCAGGGACCAAACAACAUCCCUGCAGAUAUAGUGUUCAUGGUGCGACAGAAGAGUCACCCCCUGUUCGUAAGACAACACAAUGACCUGAUCUACAAGGUCCAGAUCACUCUGGAGAUGGCCUUGACUGGGUUCUCUGUGGACGUGGAGACACUAGAUGGCAGGCUAAUCAGUAUUCCCUUCAAUGACAUUGUACACCCUGCGUACAAAAAAGUGGUGACCGAAGAGGGAAUGCCGCUGUCCCAGGAUCCUUCCCAGAGAGGAAACCUCGUCAUUACUUUUGACAUCCAGUUUCCUGAGAAGCUCUCCGCCGAGAGGAAGCAUCUGAUCAAACAAGCUCUAGCUUAAAUAUUCAUCACAUUCUAA